UUUUGCUUCAUUCUCCUCUUCUCUCUCAUUUUUCUUCUUCUUCUUUAUCUUCAGAAAACACUAAAUGCCAUGAAAUCCUUAAAGUUGAUCAAACUAAUUUCAAUUUGGUGUGUUUCGUUUCCAAUUCAUGCAUCUUGUACAGACCUUGCAUUUCCGUGAUUAGGGAUUUGUUUUGAUCUUCGAAUUUUCGUAAUGUUGUUAUGAGUUUGAUUUUAUUUUUAUGUGUUUGUUUGUUGAUUGUGGUUCAGUUUCAGUGAGUUUGCUUGUGAUUGAGAUUUUUUGAUUCUGGGUUUGGAUUUUCAGAAGAAGAAGCAGAGCAACAACAAUGAAUAACGAUGGAAAGAAUGUUGCUGCAUCAUCAUCAUUGUUUGGUCAUUCUGGAACAGCCACACCGCCACAAUGGAACCACACAACCAAUUUUGUGUCUCGGUCAAACCCCCAAGCCCAAUACCCUGGUCAUUUUCAGCUUUCACAACCCCAACAAUCGCAGCUGCUUGCGCAGGCUCAGUUUGCGCAAGCACGGGCACAAUUGCAGUCUCAGGUAGUGCUUGCUCGUUUGCAAUCUCAAGCUCAGAUUGUUGAGAAUUUACAUAAUGCUAAUGCUAGUAUGGCUAAUGUUAUGUCAACUCCGGCCCCUGGAAGCUCAAGGCGAGCAGCCCAAAAGCUGCCUUCACGGUUUUCCGGUUCAUCCAGUACCAACCAAUCCUUGCGGGCCUCGGCUGAUGGGGGAAAGAAGAGGGAGUUCCUGGAGAAGCAAAUACCGGAGAAGGUUGCUGCACUUCUGCCUGAGUCUGCUCUUUAUACUCAGUUGCUUGAUUUUGAGGCUAUGAUGGAUGAUGAGUUGGCCAGGAGAAAGAUGGAUGUACAGGAGGCUAUUAGGUGCCCUCCCCAUGUUCAGAAAACUCUUCGUAUGUAUGUGUUUAAUACCUUCUCGAAGCGCACCAAAAUGGAUUGUGGGAAUGAAAGUGCUGAGGAACCUUCUUGGUCUCUUAAGAUAACUGGAAGGAUAUUGGAAGAUGGUAAGGAUACUGUGCCUGGAAAUUUGCAGAGAUCAAGUCCUCCGUGCCCGAAGUUCUCUGCUUUCUUCAAGAAAGUUACCAUAUGCUUGGAUCAGAGCCUUUAUCCCGAGAAUCAUGUCAUUGUAUGGGACAGUGCUCUCUCACCUAAGCAACAUGAUGGUUUUGAGGUGAGGAGGAAAGGAGAUAAAGAAUUCACUGCCGUGAUCAGACUAGAAAUGAAUUAUUCUCCGGAGAAGUAUAUGGUCUCAACAGAAUUGUUUAAGCUUUUAGGGGUUCAGGUUGAGACUCGCCCAAAAAUAUUAGCUGCUCUUUGGCACUAUGUGAAGUCCAGGAAUCUACAGAGUCGAGAUGACCCUUCAUUUUUCAUGUGUGAUCCUUCUCUCCGAAGGUUGUUUGGGGAAGAAAAGAUCAAAUUCACCGUGGCAGCUCAGAAGUUGUUACCGCAUCUGUCAAAACCACAGCCCAUACAGUUGGAGCAUAACAUCAAGCUUUCUGGAUAUUGUCCAGGUGGAACUACAUGUUACGAUGUGCUGGUCGACGUGCCUUUUCCACUGGAGAAUGAAGUGUCCGCAUUUUUGGCUAGCACUGAGAGUCCAAAAGAGAUGGAAGCUUUAGAUGAGGUGAUUUGUGCUUCCUUAAAGAAGAUCCAGGAACAUCGAAGGAGACGGGCUUCCUUUCUUAACUUUAGUCAGUCUCCAGCUGAGUAUGUUAACACUUCGAUUGCUUCUCAGAGCAAAGCUCUAAAACUUGUAGCUAGAGAUGCCAGCUGUAAUGCUGUAAAGGAACAGCGGUCUGAAUUCUACAAUAAACCAUGGGUUGAGGAUGCCGCCAUUCGGUACUUGAACCGCAAAACUGCUGGAAGUGAUACUCCUGGGGGCAACUAAGAGAAAAUUGUAGAAGUGACAUUUUUAUUUACUUUUCUGACAACUGUAUAUGUAUUUUCUUUUCAUAUAUACCUAAGCCUGAAGAACAGAAGAAAGGAACGUGCCUAGGAACAAAGAAGAUAUUGUUUUCUAGUUAGUGGAAAUCAAGGGGGUAAAGUGUUUCAUCAUGAUAGUUUAGCAAUUAGUUACCUUUUUGAAUGUUUUGUACAAAGUUUCAGAAAUUGCAUAUUGAUCCAUGAAUCUUUGUUGCCUCCCUCAAUUCAUUGACUAAGACCAGUAAUGCAUGAAUAUAUUGGAAAACCA